AUACGUUCAUGUAAAUAGGUGGUGGUGCGGUUGGCACAUCAAAAUUCUCGUGCAGUCGAACUCAGAGGAAAAUUAAAAUUGAACAAAAAAAUCUGUUAUGGCGCAUUGCAAGAAGAGUAACCGAAAUUUUUUGGAGGAAUUGGGGAAGAUCAUUUGUGAAAUAGAGGAUCGAAAACCAGAGCCAGAAUGCUGCAACAUCUCUUGCCCGCCCUUCGGAUGUCCUCCGGGCCCAUGUCCUGGAGUGUGUUGCUUUCAAGGAGUAGUGAACCCUUGCUGUACCCCGAAGAUACCGGAGUGCCCAUCGAAAUGUUCACCUCCUCCAUGCCCUACCCCACGUCCACGUCUUUGUAUUCUUCCAAGUCCCUCAACAUGCCCACCGCAGGAUUCAUGCCCUCCACCCUGUCCAAAACCCAAGUGCUGUGUUCCAUUGAGCUUUCUUCAAGCCGCAUGUGGACCGAAAAAAUAUUGCCUUCCUCCCCUGACGUUCCCGCCUCCUAGACAGAAUCAAGGAAUUUCCACUUGUCAACUGUCUCCAGCGUGUUGUCCAAGUCCUUGCCCAUCGCCCUGUCCAUUGCCCUGUCCAUUGCCCUGUCCAUCGCCCUGUCCCAAACCCUGUCCGCCAGUGAUACAAAUUUGUUGCCCUCCCAUUUGUCCCCCUCCGCACCAGAUAAAUUGUAUGGCAUCAUGUCCGAAGCCUUGUUGUCCACCACCUUGUCCACCACCUUGUCCACCACCUUGUCCAUUACCUUGUCCUAUGCCUUGUCCCAUGCCCUCUCCUUGCAGAUCAUUUAUCGUAUCAAUUCCACCUAGAUAAACUGUACUCGAAUCCUCAAAUAAAUUUCUUAACCACUUAAA